AUGGAAUCUUCUAGUGAAUAUGGGCCCUCAGUUGACCACCCUGAGUCCCCAUGCCCAACUGAUAUAACCAGUUUGAGUGAAAGUGUUGAUAAUAGCGAGCCUGACAGUGACACGAAUUCGGACUCUAGUCUGCCUUCCCUCCGUGAUGUCCUAAGGCCCAGAAAGCGGAGCAUCACAGACGUAAAAGACAUCGAGGACGGUACGGAACAGAAGGGGUCACACCGUCAGAGUCGUCACAAACGCCAAGCUACUGCUGAAAGGCGCGGAUCAGUCGAAGUCGCCGAGUCUCCGAGUCGCAGCGAUCAUACAAGUGAUUUGCACAGUCUGGACGUUACGACAGUAAUCACUGGGUGUCAAGAUAAGGGCGAUUCGAUGACAGAGCGAACAGAGCAGCACAAGGCGCACAGCGGGCAAGGGCCCUCAAGCUCGACGUCUAAGAGGCAGCUAGAUCCGGAGCGAACGUCUUAUAGAGACUCUCAGGCAGAGGACCGGGAUUCACAAAUCCGGACAACAGGAGUUGGCGAGAUCUCCGUCAAUGUUAGUAGCGGUACUCUCCUUGGGUUGUAUGGGCAGCGAGAGACAUGUCAGGGGCCAGAAUAUUGCUGCCUGAUUGGGACCUGGCUUCGGCCUAAGGAUGGGAUACCGCAGAACCAAAUCCAGAAGUACGAUCGAGGGGUGGCGCAAGGCCGUCGUCGGCGGCCCUUGAGGAAGCGAAGGUCCUGGUGUGAACGUGACGCAGAUACAGAAGUUCUUCAUGAGGUCCGACGGUGGAAGGCCGGCCUGGUGUAA